CUUUCGUACCACCCACACUAGAAACGCAUCAUCAUCAUCCAUCAUCGCUUCGUCCUCACUUUCUCGAAACAUUCUCUCUGACGUUUGUCUUGUUCCCCUACGCCAUGACCACACCCUCCGCUUCUUCACGCAAGGCGUUGAGCAAGAUCGCAAGUAAUCGUCUGCAGAAAGAGCUGGUAGAGUGGCAGGUGAAUCCGCCCCACGGUUUCAAGCAUAAAGUUACUGAUAAUCUUCAAAAAUGGGUAAUUGAAGUCAACGGCGCGCCGGGUACGCUUUAUGCCGGCGAAAUGUAUCAGCUUCAGGUUGAUUUUCCGGAGCAUUACCCCAUGGAAGCGCCGCAGGUUAUAUUUGUUCCUCCAGCUCCGCAACAUCCUCAUAUUUAUAGUAAUGGACAUAUUUGUUUAGAUAUUCUAUACGACUCUUGGUCACCUGCUAUGACUGUAAGUUCGGUUUGCAUCAGCAUUCUAUCUAUGUUGUCAAGCUCCCCAGCGAAGCAACGUCCAGCUGAUAAUGACCGCUAUGUGAAGAACUGUAAGAAUGGCAGAUCUCCCAAGGAGACGAGAUGGUGGUUCCACGACGAUAAAGUGUAGAAACCCUACUGCUCGAGGCUAUUUUUCUUCCCCGGAAAAACGAUUAGGGAAGAUUAAAAAAAAAAAAAGAUAUAUAUGAACAAAAAAUCUUUUAUCUUAACUGCUCUCUCGUUGCGUUGUUGGCACGAAACAUUAAGUAGCAGCUAUCUGAAUGUUGAUGUAUUUAUAAGCAUAUAUAGUUAUUAGCAGUUCUAUCUAUCUAUGUUGUAUCGAAGCGAAAUCGUAUGCAAUUUUUAGUACCAGAAAAUGUUUUUAAGACGAGCUUGACUGUCGUAUUUCGACUGUCGUAUUUGUACC